UCGACGCCGCUGACCUGUCUUUGGGAAGAGAAUGAUCACGUGCGAAGGGCUGCUUUUCUUUUGAAGAGAUUCCUACGGGAAACAAGUAAUAACGAGAGCAGUGAAGGGGCACACAUCUAAGAAGCAUACCACCUUUGCCGGAUAGCAAUUCCCUCCCAGCAACUUUCCACGUUCCGGUAACCCGCAUCACGUCCCCUCGCCCCACCUCCCCCGACUCUGGCUCUUCCGAAAGCGCGCUCGCUGCCUUUGGAGCGGCGACGGAACGAUGCGGCCGCGCUUGGCCCCUCCCUGCUGCCGCUCUAGCCUGCUCUCUCUAUUCUUCCGUGGAAUCGCGUAGCCGAGCGCGUGGCUGCUCCGUUCUGGCGCCCGCAAAAGAGGGGGGACCGGGCAGCUCCAAGAGCAAAAGACACGCACCAGGAAGGAAAGGCUAACUUAAACCACUGCACCCACCGACCUUUCUUCUGCCCGCCCUCUGUUUCCUGCUGUGUGGGCCUCUUCCUCUUUCUGUCCCCCCUCCCCUUUCUUCGGUUUACAGUAUUGGUUUCACCCUCUCUUCUGAGCUUCACUUGAUCUUUUCUAGGGCUUCUUUUUCAUCAGGAUAUUAAUGUGCACCUAUAUAAUCUCAAUUUAUAGCAGACCCUGAGAGAGAGAGAGGGAAAAAAAAAAACGUUUUACCACCCCGAUGCUAAUUCUCGCUUGUGAGAUGUCACAUUCUGUUAGUUUGCAUUUCUGCUUUUAUAUCUGUCCUGUGUUGGUUUAUUUUUUUCUGAAUUUAUAAUUACAAAUGGAUUGCUCUGAAACAGUCUGUCAGGAAGCUGGUAAAUUGCCUCCCCUUUUACAAGACAAUGUCUGUGCAAAUGAUCCUGGACUUGCCAAGCAAGACCAUUCACACAGUCCAUCACCUCCUUUCUUCAGCGGCACUCAAUUGAAGUCUGUUGUUCCUUUAAAUAGGAAAGUAGGAGGAAGCAGUAGGAUUCAGGUGUCUGUAAUUCUGCCAGUCUACAAUGCUGAGUCCUGGCUGGAUGAAUGUCUCAAGUCUGUUCUGGAUCAAGACUUCCAAGGUUCUAUUGAACUCUCUGUCUUUAAUGAUGCUAGCAAGGACAAUUCUAUAAAUAUAAUUAAAAAAUGGAAGAUUUUGUUGGAAGAAGCAGGCAUUCGGGUAGUGCUUGGAGAAAAUUAUUCAUCUCAGCCACGUGGAGUGGGCUUUGCUAAAAAUUGUGCAAUUGAUCAGAGCUCGGGAGAAUACCUCUGCUUUCUGGACUCGGAUGAUGUGAUGAUGCCCCAGAGAAUAAGACUGCAAUGGGAAGCUAUUAUUAAGUAUCCAAGGAGCAUUAUAGGUUGCCAAAUUAAGAGAGAACCAGCAGAAGCAACUGAGCGCUAUACUAGGUGGAUCAAUAAUUUAACACAUGAUCAGCUUCUUACUCAGACUGUUGGCACCAAAGUCAAGUGA